AUGCUCGAUUCGCUGAGCGCUACAUUCAGGUAUGAAAUUAUCUCUGGGCCCACUCGACGCCCGUUCGAUCACUCAGCUGACGGGCUUGAGCGCUGUGCUCUCUUGCGUGUUCACGCACGCGUUCUCGACGAUGUAGACUGUGAGGCGACUCCACGCAAUCAGAUGCCUGUUAGAUUCAUCUGCGAACGAAGUGGUGCUCGUCAUAAGGAGCAACAACUGUCGAAAAACUUCAUCUGGGGAAAGCUGGAGCAACUAUUUGACUUCUUCGGCUUUUGCCACUUGGAGAGCCCGGCCAAAGAAAGGCAAUAUAUUACGGAUGACGAUGAUGAAGAUUACGAAGUUGAUGCGAUCAACAAGUACAACGCCACUUCCACGGAGCGUAAGAUGUUGCGAAAACUUAAGGUAUUCGAGACCUCAAGCGAAGAAGAGCGUGAAGUGCUGGAAGCACUACGAAGCUUGAACAAGGCCUGGAAACUAAGACACGAGCACGCGGCUUCCUGGGCUGAUGAAGUGACAUCAACCCUGAUUCCUACAGCGAGCUCGACCACAGACACAGCACGGAAAUUGGAAAGAGAACGGCUAGUAGGUUCGACAACCCCGAUCAAAACGCAGUCUAAAGCUGAAGAACUCUCGACUACGACGGUUCAAGAAGAGACGGAGACAGCAUCUAAUGCACUGCCUUCGACAGAAGAAAGUAAAAAACUGACGACCGAAGAGGGCACAACUGAGUCGCCAGCAGUUGACGAGAGUACCAGUGAAGCGUCGUCAAAAGCUGCAAGCUUCACUGGAGCAUCAACGACAGAAGAGAAAACUUCGGAACAAGCUGGCACUGAGGAGAGCACGACUGAGGUACCAACAACCCUGGAAAGCGUAAGUCAGUCGUCGACGGCAGCGGAAAGCACGACCGAGGGGUCAUCAGUAGAGAAGGCCGAUAACGCUUCUGUACGAGCUCAUGCAGUCCCUCUUCGAGAGAUCACUGAGGUCGAAGGAAGUGGUACAACUGUAGAGAGGAGUCAAGUCGAAAAGGAAUCCAAGCCGAUCAGACAAACCGAAAUUGAUCCUGAGAAACUGGAAAAGAUCAUCAACACAAUGGAGAAAAUGGUUGCGAACCUGGAAAACAUCUCAAUAGUUGAGAAGGGAAAAGAAACCAAGCUGGAGAACGACAAAGACUCGAUGCAGAAGGAGAAGGAAAUACGAAAGAAGGAGGAGACCAAGGAGGAUUCACAGAAGAGCGAAAUAAAUAAGAAAGAAAAGCCAAUCGAUUCCCUUGUUAGGAUAUCCGAGAAAGUAAAGGACGAUGGAGCGGGCCAAGCAGAAAUGGAGAAAGAUUUUGAUGAGAAACUGAACCAGAACAUG